AUGCUACCAACUAAGCUCAUUGGAUUGGAAAGUUUAGUGGCCCUCAAUUUGGGUGGUUCACUUUAUUACUCCUUGUCACCGACACACCAGUCUCCUCUACCGGACAGUAGGGAACCUCAACCAUCUGUAUUUCCCAAAAAUGCGCAUAGCGGUCUGUUCCUUGGCAGCCGUCACCAAGCAGGAAACGUCUUAGCUUCCCGCCACGAAUGGUGUGGUACGGCGGCAUUGCAGAAGACCACUUUCAAGGGUUUGGGUGCCUCGAACACUUACUGGAAAGAUGAAUCUGUUCAAACGGAAUCAGUGCCCACUGAGUUCUCGGAGUUAUCAGUAUUGGCCGAAAAAUUCUCCUCCGUUCUACAUCAUUUGAAUAAGGAGGCACAUUCAGCCUCUUCAGACUCAAGCGCUCUCUCCGAUCCUUCGCCCCCCAUUUUAUGGAAGAUCUUAAGUCGUUUGGACUACUCUCCAGCAUUAUUCAACCUUGGAGUUUGGUAUCAGCGCAGAUCUCUGGAACAUAUCGGAGGUGAUACCAAAGCUAGGUCAUCCUGUCUGCGCAAAGCCGAACUAUCGUAUCGACGGGCCGUGCAAGCUGAUGGGCAUCCCACAGCAGCGUACAACUUGGCUUGUAUUCUGAUUGCCUCUAAUAGGGAAGAAAUAAAAACGAAAUCACGAACAUAUUCGGUGAACGAUCUUAUGGAGAUAGCUGCUAACAAACGGUGAACGACAUCCCGGAAUUUACUGAUUUCUAGAUAUCUGUUCAUCGCAACAAUCACUCGCGCCAUGACAGCCCUAGAUGCAUUUCUGACUAGUCUUUACUUUCUCUUCUAUCUUCUAUUGAAAAUACACUUUGGAGUACCACACUAUCCCACUGUUCUUACCAACUUAUUCGGACUCUUAGAUAGAUGUUUAGUC